AUGACUUCUUCAAUGUCAACGAUCCUCUUGUUCGGCGGUACCGGCGGUAUAGGUGAAUCCUUUGCUCGGGCCUUCAACAAGAUGGGCAAGAAGGUCAUCAUCACUGGUCGCCGUGAAGACCGCCUCGCGACAGUCGCGAAAGAAGUGCCCGGUCUGGAGACCUAUGCCAUGGACAACAGCGACUUGGCCGCAUUACCAAAGCACGUCGAGACCAUCCUCUCCAAAUGGCCCAACAUCGACACCGUGUGGGUGAACUCGGGAAUCCAGUACCAGGGCAACUUCAAGUCGCUUGUCAACUUCAGCGACGAGAAGAUCAUCAACGAGAUCAACACCAACUUGACAGCUCCCGUCAUCCUCGCUCGCCACUUCAUUCCACAUUUGAUCUCACUCAAACGUGAAGCCAACUUCCUCAUCACCUCAAGCGGCAUCGCCUUCGUUCCGUUUGGCAUGUUUCCCGUCUACUCGCCAACAAAGGCCGGUGUGCAUUCGUUCCUUGUCGGCCUCAGACAGACAUUAAAGGACACGAACGUCAAUGUCAUAGAGAUAGUGCCGCCGUACGUCCGGACCGAUCUUGAUGCGGAGAAUCGACUGUGGCACGUCAUUACGCCAAUGGAGCUGGACGAUUAUACCCAAGAGACGCUGAAGGUCCUCGAAAAGCCGGCCAAGGAGAUCAAAGAGGCUCCUGCCGGGUCUUCUGCUAAAAGCGUACAAGCCUGGAGGGAGGCAUUUGACCCCGUAUUGGCAGCCAGAGGGGCAAGCGAUUGA